AGAGCUGCCAAUCACAUCCGAGGAGAUGCUGAAAUUAAUGUGGACGCACGGAGAGAACACGACCGCUUGGAAUCCCACCGUCAGCGUCUCACAGCGAAAACAGGACCAAGCGGGAUGCGGAUGACGCCGAAAACAGGAAACCCGUCUCGUUGCGUCUUCGAAUGGGUUCUGAACGUGGACCUUAAGUUGCCCAUCUCGGACCGCGUCCUGAGCGUAUUGAUAUCGGGAAAAUUGAAACAAUCCGUGGCGAGCCUCCAUGUCCGGCUUGCUGGGCAUUGUGAACCAAUGCCACAGCUUCUCAAGGACCACGUGGAAUAUUUUGAUAAUGGUAAUGUUUCAUGCGAGGAUGAUUUGGAGAUUCUACUACAAGAGAGUACGAAGGACAUUCUCCCAGCUGAGAAGUCCCCUUGGAGAGUGUUGAUUGUCCCCAUUCGUACGAAUGGAAAAACAGCACUCAUCAUCCAGAUAUCCCAUGCUCUUACCGAUGGUCAUGGAUUGUUGAGAGGAAUGCUCGAGAAGAUUAUCGACCAGGACGUCCCUCCAGACCGCCUUGGCGAAAAUGCUCUCACAAAGAAUUACUCCUGGUGGAGAAAACUUUUGGCCGCAAACUCGAUCUUUUCCCACGUGGAACUUAAGGGAAGGCUUUGGAAUUCCCCAAUAGACCAGUUGAGAGAUGAAACCCCGCAGGAGACUCCAGGUACUUUUGGUCAAGGGGGCAAUAUUGACUUUUUUGGUCACACAAGUGAUCUGCGAAGGUCCUUGCGCUCAAAGCCGUUGAACCUGAAGGAGGUCAUUUGGCAGUGGGACAACACGCGACCUCACAGAUCCGCCGCAGUGAAUGACUUCAUGACCCAACGUGACAUCACGACGCUCUUCCAACGUCGGUACAACCCGGAUAUCCGUCUGUGCGACAGGUUCCUCUUUCCCUGG